AUGGUAUGUUUUGAGGUUAACGCGGCAGCUGGUUUCGCCACGUUUCUCGACUUUUUGGCUGACGACGAAAGGGCACGCGUUAUCCCACCCCCGUUCUAUCGCUACACUGAGCCACUUGACGCCGACACUAUUCGCGCCAGCCCCGUCGAGUUUGCUGAAAGGCGUAACGGUGCCGUGUCCGACUAUCUCUUCCGGGUGACACUCUUGCUUCAGCGUGGUGACUGGCCCGUCGAUUCCCAGAAGGAUAUCGAGUGGCAGCACCUCAUGCCUGAGGCGGUCCGCAACUCCGAUUCGCCUUCCGAAGUCAGCAACCUACCACUCAAACCUGAGCUCCCAUACCCCUCUUGA